UAUUGCCAAAAUUAAAUUCCACAAAAUGUUAUUGGUAUCUACACCUGAGUGAAUAGAUUCCGGAAGUUAAAGAGAAACUUUGCGAAAUGUAGAAAACCUCUUUUAUCAUCUGUGGUGCCAAAGAGGAUUCUGAAAAUCCACAUGACAAGUUAAGAAAGAGAGAACGGGGCAGCCAUGGAACCCACUAUAGCUGAAAUCACACUGUUCCAGGGAUAUUUAUAUUUACGACAGCGAAGAAGGGUUAAAGUUACCCUCACCAAGACCACUAUUCCUUGUGUUAAGUAUAAGCUGAAAAUUGGAAAAGAGGUGGUGAUAUUUUCCGCGGAGGAUCUAUAUUUCUUUGAAAAAGAUGAAAUUGAACUCAAGACAGGCCAUGCUUUUCUGUCAUGCUUAUCAACAAGGAUACCAUGUUCAAAACACAAACAGUGCCUAAGCGUGACGCUUCUUAUAAAGACUGAUGAUUUGACCCAUCGUAUCAAUUUGUGUGGUCCAACUCAAAUGCACUUACGUGAAAGGUCUAUAGGAACAUUGUGGAAUGCUCUCCGCAGAGAAUUUGGCGAAAUAAGAAGUUGGUUCGUAAAUAUUCCAGAAAUCAGUCAAUCUGAAAAUUCGAGAUUACGGUUCGUCAUGACUAGGGCAAACUUCUGUGUGCUGGACUCAUCGUAUAAUAUUUAUCACGACUAUAAGUUUAGGAUGGUGAAGUGUGAAGUAUCAUUUGAUAUAGAAACAGACAUGGUGGAACUUAAAGUUUACACUGAUGAUGGCGUUUACCAAACAAAUUUUGUAUAUGAAAGUGCUAUUCAUCUCAAAGCAAAUAGCAGCUUUGCUGAUGACCUAAGAAAACUGAUGGUUCGAUGCUGUCUGGUAAGAAAUCCGGUAGCUGAUAUGCUUGAUUUCCACCCGGAUGCUCCUUCAGCAAGAAUGACGUCAUCAUCGCACGAGUCCCCUCCUCCACCCUGUCGUCCAGAAUGUCCUCCCAGUCCUCCGUUACCACGGCCACCGAAACUUUGUCGUAAAACCUACUUGAUUCGAUCGGAGAGCAUAGCAUGCAUGGCGCUAUGUGACGACAACAGCAAACGGUCCCACAGUUAUGUGUUCUACGAAAACAUUUUCCAAUCUGAUGACAGAUUGUACAUUAACGAACGGUUCCCAAAUCCGCUCCGUAUAAAAAUGGAGCAUAAGAUUGACCGUUGGAACCGUCUGAGUGACGAGCUAGAACAAGUUGAUGAAGAAACCGCUUCCAAGCAUUGGUUAUAUUUUGAUAAUCAGUUCCAGCAUCGAUUAUUUGAUCAUUCAUAUAGAAAGAUAUGUAACGCGGUUCCAAUGUAUGAUGACCCAAGACCAACAGGAAGUGACUGUGAGGUAUAUGAGGCUCAAGAAUACUGGGAAUCAGAUCUGUGUUUGAGUAUACAAAGAGUAAUGGAGGGCCGAGUACCAAAGAUGUGGGGUAUUCUGAACAUCACUCAUAAUCAAUACCUCGAGCUGUCCAUGAAAUUAGAUUUGAGAAAUAAUGGACCUAGAGCAAGAGACUGGACAGAAUUUGCAGAAUGGACAGAUUCUAGGGUAGAAAAAUGGCUACUAAUGGAGUCCCCUGUACCGAUCCUGACAAUAUUUGUCCUAUACCUGCUGUUGGUCAAGCAAGGGCCGCGCUGGAUGGAACAAUACAAACCCUUACAAUUACAAGGAUGGCUGGUCAUCUACAAUCUAGCUCUUGUUGGCCUCUCAGUUUACAUGUUUGAAGAGUUUCUAGUGACGGCCAUAAAGUCCUCCUACAGUUUGCGAUGUCAGCCUGUCGACUACUCAGAUGACCCUUUAGCUAUAAGGAUGGCUAGUGUAUGUUGGUGGUAUUUCUUCUCCAAAAUCAUAGAGCUACUAGACACGGUUUUCUUUAUAUUGCGCAAGAAGAAUAACCAGAUCACGUUUCUCCACGUGUACCACCACAGUACGAUGCUCAUCAACUGGUGGCUGGGUGUCAAGUUCAUCGCCGGAGGACAGUCCUUCUUCUUAGCGAUGAUCAACUGUUUUGUCCAUAUAUGGAUGUAUAUGUAUUAUGGCCUCGCUGCUCUUGGACCUGAAGUUCAGCGGUAUCUAUGGUGGAAAAAAUACAUCACGAAGAUGCAAUUGACGCAGUUCGGGUUGGUUGUGAUCCACACAGGAUAUAAUAUGAUGACCGACUGUGAAUUUCCCCAGGGAUUUAACUAUGCCGUUUUUAUAUAUGCUUUUACGUUGAUUGCCUUGUUUUCUAAUUUUUACAUCAAAGCAUAUUCCAAAAAGUCAACCAAAAACAGUUAAUGAUAAAGAUUUUAGGAGUUUUUCUCGUAUCAGUAUUUUAUAUUUAUUAUGAAAAAGAACAAAAUAAGAAAUACAUGUAAAUGUAAAA